CAAGUUCGAGGCUUUCAAUAUGCCAAUAUUAAUGACAGGCUGACGAGUACAUCGUGUCACGUGGGCCUUCAGGACUGCUUGAAAAAGUUCACCGACCCAGAAAUCCUGCAGAAGGAUCAGGAAUGGUUUUGUCCCAAGUGCAAGGAGCAUAAAGAAGCGACCAAGCAGAUGUCAGUGUGGAAGUUGCCCGACACUCUUGUUGUGCACUUGAAACGCUUCGACAAGGUGUUCACUAAACUGCAGCACAUGGUCACGUUUCCCAUCAGGGAUUUGAACAUGGCUUCGAGUUGUACACCAAAUUCUCCAGAAGUUAGUCAGUCUCUGAGUAACACACAAUACGAGCUAUUUGCAGUCGCCAAUCACCUGGGAUAUGUGCAUGGUGGUCACUACACUGCUCUAUGCAGAGAAGAGUCGGACGACCUGGAACUUGAUGCUGAUGAUAUGGGGUCUUGGCUGCUGUGCAAUGAUAAGACUGUCUCGCCCACGCCGCCGUCACGGAUCGUUUCACCCGAGGCCUACCUGUUGUUCUAUCGCCGGCGGCAACGGCAGCGACAACAACAGCACGCACCUCUUACCACAGCUGUAUCAAAUAUUAGUAUCGAAUAGCUGGUGCUGGCUCCAGUCCUUUCUGCUGUUGAGCAGUCUCUUCUCUUCAUUGGACACGCACGCGCACACAUCACCAAAGAGAGCUGUUGUUGUUUAGUUAUCGCUCAUAACACUGCAAGCUACACGCGAACACUAUGUUUAUUUGGGUCUUUCAAACGGAACUAUACACUAGUGGGUGCGGCAUGUUUCAGACCGGUACCCGCUUACGCAAUCUGCACGUAGAACAUUCAUAACAUUCAUAUCGGUAUUUUUUAAAUAUUCAGUGCGCACCGGGCUUAUCAUUAAUAUUUUCGCUGCUGAACUGAGCAGUAGCAGGCCUCCUUCUGGGCAGUGAAAUUCAUGCUUUCUAGUUCUUCGACCAAUGCUUCUCACUCUGUUCAUGUCUGUGCAAGCUCUGCAUGGCACUCACUGCGAGCAACCCCUGCACGUAGCUGCACCAAGCAAGCCAUUCCAUGCAUACCGGCCGUUUGGUUCAACACCAUUUUGGUUUGGAGAAUUUCACUGGCACACCACCCUGGGAGGGACUGACACGCACACAUCCUUUCCCUUGAGUUAGUCAUUCAAUUCCGUUCAAUUAGUCGAACAUAUUGAGUUUGCUCAGCUGCAGAAUAGCAUUUAUACAAAAGAAUUGAAGAGAUUCAAAAAUUA